GAGUCUGAAUAGUUUUGGAAACAUUUGCACGGGUUUGCAUUCAUUCUUUUGGAGUACUGUUUAUCUCUACAUACAUUCAUUCGUUCAUUCAUUCAUUCAUUUUCGCUCCUUUCACAUUCACCCACACACAAUCUCUCUUUCACACAUUUAUCUAUCAGAACUUCACUUCUAUUUACUUUCCAAACAAAAUGAGAUUCUCAAACACAAUUGCCCUAAGCGGCCUCAUCGCCUCCUCCCUUGCCGCUCCCUCCCGCCCCAACCAAGCACGUGGUCAUCGAGGCCACACCCUCCAAAAAAGCCAAGCAGCAGGAGGAUUUGCGCAGCCAAGCGCCGGCUACCCCGGAAACUUUGGAGGAUUCGGAGGCCCACAAGGAGGUCGAGCCAGACCCACCGGUAGCUAUGGCAGUUCUGGCUCUAGACCAUCUUCUGCAGCCGGAAAAGGCUCUGCCGCAAUUGCUGCUCCAACUCCAAUUGCCAGCGGUAACCCUGACGCUGUAGCUCCUUCAGUUGUCGCAACACCUGUUUCCAUUGCCUCAUCUGCCACAUCCACCCACAAAGCCGCAUCCACAUCGAAAUCCAAAUCCAGCACCACAGCCACCGAGCACGCCGACGAAGAAUACAACGUCUCGUGGGCGGGCGCCGUUCUCGACGACGGCGGCUCCACAAUCUAUACAGGCGUGUACACGGAAUUCGUCGUCCCGACCCCCAAGAAACCCACCGCGGGCGAAACCUCCGCAGAAGUAUGGACCGUAUCCUCAUGGGUCGGCAUCGACGGGUACGAAACCAGCUCCGCCUGUGCAGGGCUCUGGCAAGCCGGCGUCGACGCCUCGAUCGACAGUUCCGGAACCCUCUCCUACGACGCCUGGUACGAAUGGUACCCCGCCAACACGCUCGGGUUUUCUCUCAGCGUAACAGCCGGUGAUACCAUCGCGGUGAACCUCACGUAUUCCUCAUUUACCGAGGGCAGCGUCACGAUGGAAAACAAAUCGACGGGGAAAUCCGAGACCAAGACCGUGACGUCGACGGAUCAGUUGUGUGGACAGGCUGCGGAGUGGAUUAUGGAGGAUUUGAGCAUCGAUGGCUCAACCAUUGGCUUGGCUAAUUAUGGAAAUGUGACGUUUAGUAAUGCGUAUGCUACGACCAAGGAGGGAAAACAGGUGGGCCCUACUGGUGCGAAUAUCAUGGAUAUUGAGACGACUUCCAAUGAGAUCUUGACGAGUUCGUCUGUUACUGAGGAUAGCGUUGUUGUGGCUUAUGUUUAAGCGUGUGGAUGAAGAGGUGGGUGAAGUGGAUGUACGAUAUAUAAACAGUCUCAAGGCUUAGAUAUGAGAUUAAUUCUGAUACUGGAAGCUCAACACCAUAAUGCCUGGGGCAUUCAUUGGUUGUCAUCA